AUGAGGCCUCCCAGGUACGAAGGCGCCACCAAAGGCCCAUUCAGGGGUUGUGGCACCCACAGGAGCCCUCCAAUGGGCGCCGGGAACCGCAGGGGCUCUCCCGGGGACAGAGACAUUCUCAGAGGCUCUCCCAGCGAAGGUGACGCCCUCAGAGGCUCUCCCAGGGACAGCGGCGCUCCCAGUGGCCCUCCCAGUGUUUUAAAUAGCACAAAAACUACUGCACCCAGGGGCCCUACUGCUCUGGUGCUCCCAUUAGCCCUCCCAGGGGAGACACGGAUCCCAGGGACUCUCCCAGGGGCGGCGGCUCCAAUUGGGUCCCUGCCAGGGACGGCGGUGACCUCAGGGACCAUUCCAGAGGCGGUAGCGCCCCCAGGGACCAUCCGAGGGGCUGAGAGGCCCCCAGGGGCGCUGGCGCACUCAGGGGCUCUGCCAGGCACGGUAGCGCUCCCAGGAGCCCUCUCAAGGGAGGUGGCGGCCCCAGGGACUCUGCCAGGGGUUUUAUCGUCCCCUGAUGAUCGCCCUGGGACAGCGGCGGUCCCAAAAACCUUCACAGGAAAGGCGCUCUUUCCAGGAGCCCUCCAAGGGACAGCAGCACUACAAGGAUCCCUCAAGGGACACCGGCGCUCCGAGGGGCCCUCCCAGGUGGCGCUCCCAGAGGCCCUCGCAGGGACGGCGGCGCUCCUAGGGGCCCUCCAGGGGAUGGCGGCGCCGUCAGGGGCUCUUCAGGGACAGCAGCGCUCACAAGGGCCCUCUUAG